AUGCAACAAAGCCGCCCCCAGCUCAUUGGCGUAUGCAACCAGAGGAAGCCCGGCGCAUUCAGCUGCAAACGCUUCCACCCAAGUUGGCAGUCAGGUGUUGUUCCUACCCCCACCGCAUCCGACUCAGCCCACCUGGGACCUCGCUGGCAUCUCCAAGGGCGGCGCGUGUGGAACGCGGUGCUGUUGUUUUGUCUCUUCUUUUUAUUGACACCUGCAAGUAUGGAGGCAUUCCUCCGCCCAGCGUCUACGUUCCCCCCUCUUCUUCAGGCCCUCCAAAAGGGCCCUCUGAAGGUCUCCUUAGUUGGCUCCGGCAAUUGGGGGACAGCAGUGGGGAAGAUUGUGGCUUCAAAUGCGAAAAACUCGCACAUAUUCAAUACAGAUGUCCGCAUGUGGGUAUAUGAGGAGGAGGUUGAGGGCCGCAAGCUGACGGACUGGAUAAACAUCCACCACGAAAAUAGGAAGUAUCUGCCGGGCUUCGAACUCCCCUCGAAUCUUCGCGCUGUCCCUUCUCUCACGGACGCGUGCAGAGAUGCGGACCUGCUGGUCUUCGUGAUGCCCCACCAGUUUAUAGAGAGAGCCUGUCGAGAGCUGAGGAAAGCCAAGCUACUGCCGCCUCACUGCCGGGCUAUUUCUCUCAUUAAAGGCAUUGGUGUCAGGAAUGGCUGGCCUAUAACCCUGACACACGAAAUUGGCUCAAUAUUGGACCUCCCGAAGCCGUGCGUCCUGUCGGGCGCUAAUGUGGCUAAGGAUGUUGCCGCUGAAAAUUUCGCGGAGGCGACUAUUGGCCAUGCGGACGGUGAGACCGAGACGGCAGCGUUGUGGCAGCUUCUCUUUGACAGACCGAACUUCAAGAUAAAUGUGCUCCCAGAUGUUGAUGGUGUCGAGGUCUGCGGAGCUCUGAAAAACGUCGUUGCUCUUGCUGGUGGUUUCUGCGAAGGAAUGGGCCAGGGUACUAACACGAAGGCAGCAAUUCUCCGGCUUGGAGUAGAGGAGAUAAAGACAUUCACAAUGCUCUUCUUUGGGGAUCUACUUGCUGACACUCUGUACGACAGCGCGGGCUAUGCUGAUGUUAUCACGACCGUCUUUGGGGGGCGCAACGCCAGGGUAGCUGCGGCGUUCGUGCGUCAGAAAGGCAAGGACUGGGAUCAGCUUGAAAAGGAAAUGCUCAACGGCCAGAAGCUGCAAGGGCCGGCAACGCUCGAAUUGGUGGCAGAGGUGAUACGUGUAAAUGAGGUUGAGCAUCUUUUUCCGCUGUUUACUGCGACGUACGCGGUGGCAUUUCAGAACGCCGACCCGCAGGCAAUCCUCGACGUUUUCCGUACAGAGCGGCCACGUAGCAUUCAGAGAAGUGAAGACUGCGUGAAGCUGAAAGUUCCCACGGUCGUUAAAGACGCGAGGAUACGAAUUGCGUCUCGCAUGAAGAAGCUGGGGAGAAGCAUCAGUGAACUGAUAAAGAAUCCACCAGACACGCCCGACAGCGUCUCAGAAGAAAGCAAUCACAAGGCAGAGCCCACUUGCGCCAAACUGCGACUGGUAGCGGGACGGUUGAUGUGGCCUGUUGAAGAUGCCAAGGAAGGAUCCCCCGAACACCGUCACAUAGUAGGGGGAUAUGAAGCGGAUUGGGGCGUAUUCUACGGCGUCUCCAGGCACCUCCAGGCAUGUGGUUCGUGCAUCCGUUUGGAUCUAUGCGAACAUCUGUAUUCAGCUGCGUUAACUUAUGGCGGUUCAGUACCCGUUUGCGGAAAUACAGCAGCUCUUGCAGUCGUUUCCACGGUUCCGCCUCUGCACUAA